UAUAUGUGGCAUACCCUGCUCUUUUGUAACGGCGUGGUCCAUAGGAAAUAUCGUGAGACAUCGUGCCUGUCGGUGCUCGAAUCCGGCUGAUGUUAGCGUUGGAGCCUCCAUCCCAAUCAAAAAUUUGAGAAGCAAAGGAAUUAAUUACAACUCCCCAGAACACCUGCAGACUGUCGUGUCCGGACAUUACAUCCAUCGGCUUGAAGGAUGGGGAAUAUUUUUGGAAACCUGCUAAAGAGUUUGAUCGGGAAGAAGGAGAUGAGGAUUCUGAUGGUGGGUCUCGAUGCAGCUGGAAAGACCACCAUUCUGUACAAGCUCAAGCUCGGAGAGAUUGUCACUACCAUCCCUACCAUUGGGUUUAAUGUGGAGACCGUAGAGUACAAGAACAUCAGCUUCACUGUGUGGGAUGUGGGUGGCCAAGACAAGAUUAGGCCCUUGUGGAGGCACUAUUUCCAAAACACUCAAGGUUUGAUCUUUGUGGUGGACAGCAAUGAUCGGGAGCGUGUGAACGAGGCCAGAGAGGAGCUGAUGAGGAUGUUAGCUGAGGACGAGCUCCGUGAUGCUGUGCUGCUCGUCUUUGCCAACAAACAGGAUCUGCCCAACGCCAUGAACGCGGCGGAGAUCACAGACAAGCUGGGCCUGCACUCGCUCCGCCACCGCAACUGGUACAUCCAGGCCACCUGCGCCACCAGCGGAGACGGCCUGUACGAGGGGCUCGACUGGCUGGCCAACCAGCUAAAAAACAAGAAGUGAGCUGCGACCGGGGAUUUUAGAUGGGGGGGUGGGGUGGGAGGAUCUUGUGGGAGUCGGGUGGGGUUACUUUGGGGUUAUGUUGUUGUGUUUUUUUUGUUGUUGUUGUUGUUUGUUUGGUUGGUUGGUUUGUUUUUUUUUUAUUAAAAAAAGAUUGGGUUUCUUUCUUUGGUUCGUCAAAGGCAUGGCUAGUGGAUUUGUUGGAAUAGGCCUUGGGUGGUCUGAGUGAAUGGACUGUUCUCAUACACAGACACACACACACACACACACACACACACACACACACACACAUACACUCACAGCAUACAUGCUUUUGCACACACAAAAGCAAAUAUGUAUAUGUACAAAAAAAAUGCGCACACACCAUAUUUUGUGUCUUUGUUCCUGCGUCCACCUCACUCUGACCUUAGUAACUUAUUGACCAAUAGUAACGUAGUUAUUACAGUCAGUGCAGUACAGCUAAGAAACCAAUACAGACUAAUAACACAAUAUACUAUAUGUUCGCCAGUGUUUGUCUGUUCUCACUGUUAACUGUUGCCUUGAUCCUUUUGGGCAGGACUCACUACAGUCACUGCUGACUCAGUGUGUCUGUUGCUUCUCUCCUCCUGUCAGUCCGUCCUAAUGGUGACACCUUAAUGUAGUCAAUCAAACCAGAGAAGAUUAGGUAUCAGAAUUACCACAUGAAUUGCAAUUUAAUUAUGUGUUAAUUUUUAUAAUGUAUAUAUUGAUAAAUCUACUUUUUUGUUUUUUUACAUGUUUGACGCAAUGUUGAUGCAGUUUUGCGAAGUUUAGCAGUAAUGUUUACCUAACACUAACACACACACACACACACACACUUACAUGUACUAUACACCUGCACUCCCCCUCUCCCAACCCUGCAGUAGAGUGCAUUGUUUACUGUUUGCUUGUUAUCUCACGUGAAGGAUUGUCCUAGUCGGUGUCUGUGAAUGGCUAACUGAGUAUGUGUCAUUGUUGCCUGCAUGCCAGUCUCCUGUGAUAGCAUAGCUCAGCUGAGGUUAGAGUGCAUGCAAAUGUUGUGCGGAAGUAGGAUAGGCUAAGUCGAUGUGGCAUGCUCUCUUGUGGUUGCAUUGUGUGGACAGUUUGCCGAUGUGUUUAGGUAGUUGCAGUAGCCCUAUGCCUGGUUAGAUCUUGUGAUGGUAGUCCUAGCAGUGUUGUGUUCGCUGUUUAGUAAUUAGAAACCAUGCUAACGUGCUAACAUCUUUUUCGCUAAAACACUGCAUGGCCUGCAUGCUGCACUGCUUCAGUAGGGUAGAUUGAUGUUGUAGAUGGAUAGAGAGUAGGUACUGUAGGUGAGUAUGGAAUGCGCUGUUUAGUCCUUUCUCCAGCUGUUUCUGUGGGUAGGUAGUCUUUAGAUUUGUCGUGUCUUCUUGAAUAGGCAAAUGCUUCAAGGAUGCAAUGUGCCGUGGUUGCAUUUCUUUCUCUCUGGUUAUUAGAUACGUUUAUUUAUGAAUAGAUCUGUCUUCAAAUAGAUGAUGUUAGGCAUUAAUGUUGCUUUGUGUGUCUUCUCUCUUUGAUGCUUUGAUUGAGGUGUUCUGUCUUGUGUAUUGUUAGUUCAAAUAGAUGUUCUCAGCUGCUCUCACUUCCUCUCUCAAACACACACACACACACACAAACAUACACAAACAUGUCACACACACUCAUACACAAAGCCCAAUGUGUAUAUGCCUGGUACUGCUAAAAGACAAACUGCAUUAUAUUGCCUCAUGUAUUUCUUUGGGUUUCCCUCGCAUAGUGCUCUAUUGAACCAUGUGGUGCAGAAAGUCUCCAGAGUAUUCUUUAUUGUAAAUGAAUGUUUAUUCUCUUGUAUCAUUUGUUUAUAUCGAUUAUUUAUUUAUUUUCUUCCUUUUUAUUUAUUAUCAAUUUGGGUAUUUAUUCAUGUGUUAUGUAUUAGAGAAUGCAAUUCUUGUAGAACUGUCCAGAAAACACAACACUGCCUCUAUGUGUGUUUUUGUUUCAAAUCACAAGUGUAUAUGUUAGCCAGGAUGGAGUCACCUUUCAAAUAUACAGGUCUACGGCCAGAAUCAGUAUUCCUACAUUUAGAGUUGUGUAAUGAACAUAGGUGGGAGGGAUACCUGGCCACAUAUUCAGCUAAUGGAGACACUUACUCACCUUCUAAGAGAACUACCACUUACCAUAAGCAUUUUAUACCAACAAAGGGAAACACAGUAGGUGAUGUCAACAUCAACUCUUGUCUUGUAUGUGUGUGUGUGUGUGUAUACCGGUGUAUACUAAAUAACACAAAUACAAAAAAACAAUGAAUACAGAAACUGUUCAAUAGUGAUCGCGUGUUUGGUUUAGUCACAUGCACAUCAGAGCAGUAUAUCUGCUGCAAUCCAUGUGUGCAACUGUUUGAGUUCUGUGGCCUUAUAUGAAGUUUUGUAUGAAACAAAUGGUUUGAUGGAUUGACAUGAAAUGAACUUUUUUGAUUAUUGAAUUAUUUUUAUUUUUUUUUUUGCUUGUUUGUUGUCUGAUUUCAUAUCUUUGUUGUUUUAAUUCCUGUAUGUCUGAAAGCACGACUAAAUUGCUCUUUAAACAGAAAAGGAUACAAAUGCCCUUAUUUACUUAUAUGUGUAUGUGUUUAAUUUGUUUAUUUAUUUUCUUAUUUAUGUAUUUAUUUAUUUUAAACCUCUGUGUUUCUCUUAAUUGCAGUGUUACAAGAGUGUGAUUUGGUUACUUUUUGGUCGUGGACAUUCAUAGUGUUUCGGGUUUAAGACAAAAAAAACUUUUUGAUGGCUUAGACAGUGUCUGUGAAUAAAAAUAAGAAAAUAAACACAUUAAAACCAAUCUUGGAAAAAUAAAAAGCCAACAACCCACCCCGUAAAAGAUACUGUAUCCAUACUGAUAAUGACUUUCGUAACCAAGGUGAUGCUGAUUAUUAUAAUGUGUAGUCAUUGGAGUCGUUCGAAGCCGUCUGACCCAUAGACUGUAAACUCACACACAGAUUCAAAUAUAAUCCCGCUGUGUUGACAAUAAACCUGUUUUCUGUAUGGCC